AUUGGAUUACCGGAAAGUGCAGUGCGGCGCGAUGUCCCCUGAACAAAAACUAAAGUUUUAUUCCACGACUUCCGUGGUAUGGUGAAAUUCUUUUUUCAAAGUGAUCGUGAACUUACACCCGGCAAUGUCAAAGUAAAAGAUACUUCUCCUGACAGUGAGGUUAUCUGGUAUUAAAAAAUGUCAAAGUGGUAGUCGAGCGAUGUCUGAGUGAGACUGGCGUGGUCAUGACAAGAGCGUGGUCGUCAAAACAGUGCGCCGCCUGGGCCUGGCUCGCGGUCCUCGCAGCUUUGGGCCGCACCACAGCUUACACGGACACGGAGGAGUUCUUAAGCGACUUGGACAAACCAGUGCCAACAUCGGACGUGCAAGGCGUUCUGGGGAAGAAAGCUUCGUUACCCUGCGACAUUCAGCCUCUGCAUUCAGAAGACGAAGUCGUGAUGGUGCUCUGGUUCAAGGAGUCUGAUGGAGAUCAACCUUUAUAUAGCUACGACAUUCGUGGCCGGUCACAAAGUCAGCCUAAGCUGUGGUCUUCGCCGACCGUGUUCGCAAACCGGGCAUUCUUCAGAGGAACCGCUACGCCUGCAGUCUUGAUGCUGGACAACGUGAUGGCUACUGAUGCAGGAGUCUACAGGUGUAGAGUAGAUUUCAAGAAUUCGCCCACAAGAAAUCUAAAAGUCAAUUUUACUGUCAUAAUGCCUCCAAAUCGUCCAACGAUAUUCGAUGCCAAACGAAGAGACCGAACAAAAUUAGUCGAACCAUACAAUGAAGGGGCUAACGUAUUGCUAAUCUGCGAAGUCGAAGGAGGAAAUCCAAGACCUCGUGUAACGUGGUACCUGGAGAACACGGUGAUAGACGACUCAUUUGAGCAGCGUCCUGAUGGAGUAACCGUCAACACCCUGACCUUCCCCAACGUGGGUCGUCAGCACCUCAACGCAAGACUCGUCUGCCAAGCUUCAAACACCAAUCUGGCGCCACCGGAAACGAAAGUCCUGAUAUUAGACAUAAAUUUGAAGCCGAUAUCGGUGACGAUCCUGACGAAGGAGAAGCAAAUAUCGGCCGACAAAAGGUACGAAGUGGAGUGCAAGACGACGGGCUCCCGGCCCGAGGCGUAUGUCACUUGGUGGAAGAACAAUAGACAGCUGAAGCGGAUGGCAAAAAACUUCUCAGAGAACAAUGAGACGCUAAGCGUUUUGAGUUUAGUGCCAGGGGUUGAAGAUGACGGGAAAUACCUAGCUUGCCGAGCCGAGAACAAACAUAUACCCGAUUCAGCAAUUGAAGACAAGUGGCGACUAAAUGUUCACUAUGUACCAAUAGUGGAUCUGAAAAUGGGCUCCAACCUAAACCCUGACGAGAUCAAGGAAGGGGACGACGUUUAUUUCGAGUGCACUGUCAAGGCUAAUCCGAAGACACAUCGCCUUGUUUGGUUUCACGAUAAUUCUGAAAUUUACCACAACGAAGCAGCAGGUGUGAUCCUCAGUGCUCAGAGCCUGGUCCUUCAGAGCGUCACUAGAGCAGCUGCUGGGGACUACACCUGCAUGGCUGCUAACAGUGAAGGAAAAGGAACUAGCAACCCAGUGACGCUACUAGUGCGAUAUGCCCCUGUUUGCGCUGAACGAAGAGAUGGAGAACUAUUCGGAGCCCUCAAGCAUGAGACAGUAUCUCUGCAUUGUUCCGUGGAUGCGAACCCCGCACUAGUGUCUUUCCACUGGACCUUUAAUAAUUCUGGCGAACAAACGGAAAUCCCACCAAGGUUAUACAGUAGUCACGGCCACACAUCUACCUUGAACUAUACUCCGACAACGGACAUGGAGUAUGGAACUCUGGCCUGUUUCGGCGAGAACACUGUUGGACAACAAAAAGUACCGUGUCUAUUCCAAUUAGUAGCUGCAGGGCGUCCAUUCCCACUUCAGAACUGCACAGUGGCUAACCAAAGCAUUGACUCUCUGUAUGUCGAGUGUGUUGAGAACUUCGAUGGUGGACUCCCACAGACCUUCCUGAUGGAGUUGCUUGAGCUGCCCUCAUUAGCAGUCCGAUACAACGUAUCUACAAACAGGACACCACCCUACUUCGAAAUCAAAGGUCUUCCGCCAGGCGUUAGCUACAGGAUAGAGCUGUAUGCUGUCAACGCAAAAGGCAGAAGCGAUGUGUCUACCAUUGAAACAGUCACUUUGAAGGGUCAAGCUAAAUUUACUGGUGAGUUAGUUUGA